CAGACGGCGGUGCCAACCGGUGGAGGCUGGCUCGCGAUCCUUCUCCUCCACUGUCCCGUGCCUGCCCGUCUCUUCCUUCUAGAGUACUGGGUCCUAGCCUCGCCCGGGGUUGCACUGCACUGCACGCCACCGCCCACCGGAGGUCGCCGCGAGCAGAGAACCAGAGCCAAGCAAAGCUAGCCUAGUAGUAGCCAUGGCGGAGGAGGCGUCGUCCGCGCCAGCGCCGGCCGGGGGGAAGAUGACGAUGGUGGCGGGGGUGGACGAGAGCGACCACAGCUUCUACGCGCUGCAGUGGGCGCUCCAGCACUUCUUCCCGCCGGCCCAGCCGCAGCAGCAGCAGUACCGCCUCGUCGUCGUCACCGCCAAGCCCUCCGCCGCGUCCGCCGUCGGCCUCGCCGGCCCGGGCGCGGCGGAGGUGCUGCCGUUCGUGGAGGCGGACCUCAAGCGCGUCGCGCUGCGCGUCGUCGACAAGGCCAGGGAGCUCUGCGCCGCCGCGCAGGUGGCCGACGCCGAGUUCGAGGCGCUCGAGGGCGACGCCAGGAACGUCCUCUGCGACGCCGUCGAGAGGCACCACGCCGAGAUGCUCGUUGUCGGCAGCCACGGCUACGGUGCCAUCAAAAGGGCUGUUCUUGGAAGCGUGAGCGAUUACUGCGCCCACCAUGCGCACUGCACCGUGAUGAUCGUGAAGAAGCCCAAGCCCAAGCACUGAGCACCGAUCGAUGCGGCGAUCUGACUCGUCAGUAUUCCACAAGCAAACAUCUCUAUAUGUAUUGUCAAGUUGAACAUGUGUCUGUUUGUGAAUAAGCAGAAGAUCAACGACCUUCACAUAACCCGGUUACUUGGUGAGUAACCGGAUACAUGCAAUCCUACUACCUACGGAUUGACAAGUACAAAAUAAUUGCUGUACAGCACCUCAAAAACAAUGUUAUUUUUAUCUUCAUGGAAUGUAAUACGUGUGAAGUGUAUGUAUGUCAUUCCAAAUUCUGGUCU